GUUCGGUUUGUCUUUGAAAUAGCCAAUUGGUCUACUUUGAGGAGCGCUGAUUUUGUUCCCAAACUCUGUCACUCGGAUACCUGCAGUUGUGGGCUCAGGAAGCUCAAACAUUUGUCGCACUGAAAGGUAAAUGAUUGAAAUACUCAAUGCGAUACUCCAAGUUGAGGAAAAGUAUAACUCCCAUGAUCUCGCCCAAAAUACCGACCCAAGAUGUUGAGCUCCUCGCCUCCACCGCCCCACUCUUCAUCCUGCCAAGUCUGCAGAAAAAAAUGUCGCGAUGUCUCCAAAAAGCACGCCUUCUCCAAACAGGUUCAUUCAUCAGUCACAAACAACCUUAAUCAACAACAAUUAACACGUUUGCGGUCAUCUCCCCGAGAGUCUUAUCUUAUCGCAUCGGAAGAUUGUCAAAAUUUUGAUGCCCAGAAAUGCAGAAGGCCCGACAGGUGGGACUUCCCGCGAUGGUACCAUCGCCACUCCACAAGAAAUAUGGACAUUAAAAAUCUCCCUUCCCGCAGUCUUUGAUUUAAAUUCGAGUCAUGAUGCAUAAUAGGUGUGGAAGCCCAUAUUGGAGCAAAGGUUAAACCAACCUUCGACAUUCAAAUAUUGCGACGAGAAAAUCGACGAUGAGUGGUGAACUUGAUCCCAAGUUGGCGGUUGCAGCCAGCGACGACUCUAGCAAUGAGAUCUAUGCGGAGCAAAAGCCAGUAUCAAGAUUUACAAGAUGGUAUCGCAGUCCGCUGUUCAAUGUCAUCAUUGUUGGGUUGAUUUCAUUCACCCAACCCGGUAUCUGGAAUGCAUUGAACAAUACUGGAGCUGGUGGGCAGCAAGAGCCAUACUUGGUCAAUGGUGCUAAUUCUUUGACAUUUGGUAUCAUGGUAUUCGGAUGCCCUCUCUUCGCAAUCCUUUCCAACAAAUUUGGCCUCAGGAAAGUCCUAAUCCUGGGUACCCUCGGCUACGCACCAUACUCUGCUUCGCUGUAUGUGAAUAACAGAUAUGGUGUCGAAUGGUUCGUGUUAUUCGGCGGUGUGACUUGUGGAAUUGCAGCUUCCGCACUCUGGGCAUCCGAGGGAGCGAUUGCUCUGGGCUAUCCGACAGUGAAAGAUCGGGGGAAGUUCACCGGUAUUUGGCUUGGUCUGCGCGAGUUGGGUCAGCUCAUUGGGUCGUCCAUUCAGCUCUCCCUCAACGUCAAGAAGAACCAACGCGGGAAAGUCGGCUACGAAACGUACCUGAUUCUCAUCGGACUUCAAUGCGCCGGUCUCCCACUUGCAUUCCUCAUUUCCCCUCCAGAGAAAGUAAUUCGAGCAGACGGAUCCAGACUCGAAGAUCCCACCAAGAACAAAGCCGUGCUCAAAGAAUUCCGUCGUGCGUGGGCACUUCUCAAAACCAGACGCAUCUUUCUACUCCUUCCAAUUCUGAUUGGGUUCAACUGGAACAGCACCUACCUCAACAUUUACCUUACCAAGUACUUCUCCGUGAGAUCCAGAGCACUUGGUGCAUUGACCUCCGGACUCGCAGCCACUUUCGCGAAUAUCUUCUGGGGAUGGUUUCUGGAUCUGAAGGUGUUCUCUCGACCUAAGGUCGCCAGGAUCGCUUGGUUCUCAUUUGUGGUAAUCAUGUUAUCGCUCUUCGGAUGGCAGAUUUCGAAUCAGAAGAAGUACGAAGACGUUGUGCCCAAGAUAACUCUGGAUUGGGCUACUCCCGGUUUUGGACGAGGCUUUGCUUCAACUGUUUUGUUUCGAUUUAUGAACGAGUCUCACUACAUGUUCGUUUACUGGAUCAUCGGAACCUUCAACAACGAUAUCGAGACUCUCACUCUAAGCGUGGGUAUCGUCCGAGCAUUUGAGUCCUUUGGAUCAGCAGUCUCAUUCGGCUUAGGGGCCGCUCAUGGAGUGUCUCCAAUGGCAAACCUGCUGACUGCAUUUGUGAUGUUCCUCAUUUGCAUUCCAACGACCUCGUUGGUCGUUUUCCAGGUCCCAGAACACCCAACCGAGAAGGAGCAUUUGAUUGAAGAGUCGACUGAAGAUGUUGCGGCGGGCAAGGGGGCCGUUGCUGAACCUGCAAGAGCGACGGAUGUUUAGAGGCUCGUUCGUUUAGAGGAUGUUGGCAAUCUGUGGUAUGCAUGUCGUGACGGCGAAUCCGGCCACUGUAAUUGGAAAAUUGGCAAGGUACGAGCACGCAGCUUUCAGCUGUCAAUGCAGUGAACUCGAUGAGGAUAAGUGAACUGGGUCACUUGAUAUUCAACGAAGCAGCCAAUAAAAUGGUAGGCUAUUGCCUGUAAUUUUUAUUUCCAUUCGCAUGUGCCAAGG